UCAUUGUUUCUCCAGUCCUGAUGAAGAGUCGACUGUUUGUUUACUCUUUUCCAUAGUUGCUGCCUGACCUUCUGAGUUCUUCCAGCAUUUUGUGCGUGAUGCAAAUUCCUAGCCAGACUGGAUCUAACAGGUCUCUUGAUGCAUAGUCUCUUGGCAGACAUUUCAUCCGCCAGAGUGCCCAGCUCCCGAUAUCUUCCUUCCUCCUUCCCUCCCACCGGGAGAAUCGCUGUGCGUUUUCCUCGCCGUGCCGUACAGAAUGUGCCUUUAAAGGCGGAAGACGCGUUUUAACUGCUGCGCACCCAGUUGUCAUACAAGGAACUAUCUAAUAAGAAGCACUGAUGUACUUUACUGAAAAGUAAAUCUUACCGAGAAACUUCCUUGGCACGACUCGCAACACGGUGUUCGCGUUCCAACACAGGAACAGAUUAAUUUACAGGGUGAUUAUAGGGCGGAAAUAGUUGAUCGGAGAAGGGGGUUCCAACCUACUGCUUUCCUUCAUAUGUCUGUGAUCUAAAGGCUGUGUGACACUGCCAGUUGAAACAAGUCCGGCGUGGAAGCCUGCCGCGGGGUCUUCACUGAGGCUCACAGUCAGAACAGAGUAAGCUAGCAGUGGCAAAAGGUUUAUCCUGUACUUGUAUAAAUUAUUUAUUUAUUGAAUAUAAUCACCCCCACCUCUAAGUCACAAACUUCUUCAGAGAAGAGGAUGACUAACACUACAAGCCCUGACAAUGAUGACUUCUGUGAAAACAUCAGUGACUUCAAAACUUCUACCUACCCUCCAGUGUACCUGGUCACAUUUAUUCUUGGGUUUACUGAAAACGUCUUCUGUUUAUAUGUAUUCCUAAAGUUAUACAAGAGGAAGACUGAAUUCAGCAUUGUCAUGGUGAACCUGGCAAUUGCAGACCUAUUCUUUGUUUGCACGUUGCCUUGGCGCAUUUAUUAUUACUGGAAAGGCAGUAUUUUGAAUUUUCCACCUUCGUUCUGCAGAUUCAUGUUUUAUGCACUCUACCUCAAUAUGUACUGCAGCAUCUACUUUCUGACCCUAAUGAGCGUCUUGCGUUAUUUUGCAAUUGUGCAUCCACUUAAAUAUUUAAAGUAUAGAACGAUUAAAAAUGUCCUAAUUUUGUGCAUAUUCAUAUGGGUAUUUGUGGGUGUAGUAGCUAGUCCUUUACUAAUAGAAGACAAUUCUAUUGCAAAGAAUAAUAGAACAAUAUGCUUUGACCCUAAAAAUAAAAUUAAUCGUAAAAUAUACAGCAUGAAUUUAAUUUCACUGCCAGUAGGUUGUGUUAUUCCCUUCCUUAUUAUCACUAUUUGUUACAUUUUUGUUCUUAAAACUUUGCUAACUUCAAAGGCAGAGCAUGACAAGCAAAAAUGUUCCCGCAAAAAAGCUAUAGCAAUGAUUAUUAUUGUUAUGGUUAUAUUUCUGACCAAUUUUCUGCCCUACCACAUUUUGCGGACUGUCCAUCUUGCCAUGAAUUUCCAUGGCAGUCAUAGCACAAACCAGGUUAAUUGUUUCAUUCAGCGUUCUGUGGUGAUCACCCUGUGUGGUGUAGCAUUCAAUACCUGUUUGGACCCUCUUUUAUAUUACUUUGGAGCAGAAUCCUUCAGGGAUAAGCUGAGAAGCAGGAGGACUAUAGCGAACAAUCAAAUAUGAUUUAUCUCCUACAAUUCAUUGUAGGACUGACAGUAUGUGGAAUUUCUCCUUGCUUCUUGUUUAGAAUGCAGAAGGUCAAAGAUCAAUCAUAUUGGUUUUAGAUCCUGUCUUUAAACAAUUUAUUUUGACAUACAGUUUUGGCAGUUUUCAUCAAAAAGCAGGAACCUGUCCAUGAGCCUCACUCCAGACAACUGUUACUUAGCAGUGGUUACUUAAGUUCUUUCUAGCUUUUGAAGAUCGACAUUCACAUAACAUUUAUGUGAUAACACUUGUAGAGUAAGCUGUUUUAUGCAUUUUCCUUCACAACAAAAACUGACCAGAAACACCUGAGAAGCAAGAUCCCAGCAAGAAUGAAGAACCAAAGGAAAUAAGCAUGAUUUUUCCAAAUAACCUAAGAACUUGGUGAAUCCCAAAGACCUGAUGAUCUACAACCAAGGGUUUUAACGCACUGGCUAUAGGGACCGUGAAUGCUCUGGUUAUCAUAUUCCAAAGUUACAUAUAUUCCAGAAUUUUUCUUGUUUAUUGGAAGGCAGCAAAUAAGUGGGAUUGCCUAAUGUUGACGCUCAAGGGCAUGGGUAUUCAUAAAUCACUGAAAGUGAUUAGGGGGGCAAAUGGUAUCAUUAUUAUGCAAAGAUUUGAACACAGCAGUAAUUGAAAAGUCCAUUGUCUCAUUGCUGUUAAAAUUCUCCGUCCUAAAGGGCUGUGGAGGCUUAGUUGUUGAGUUAAUUUGAAUCAGAAUUUGAUAGAUAUAUGAGUAUCAAACAAAUCUGGAGAUAGGGCAAGAAAAUGAUGCAGACGUAGAUUAACCAUGAUCUUUGUGAUUAGCAGCACAGAAUCAAAGGGCCAAAUGGCCCAAUUCUGUACUAUUUCAUUUGUUACUAAAUCUUUCUUUUGAAUCUUCUAGCCCUUUAAUUGCUGAGCCCUUUGAAUUUGCCCAGUUUUAAUUGUGCCACUGCUUUCGGCCAUGUCUCAAGUUGCCAGAAUUAUAAUUUCCAGAAUUUCUUCAUAAAAUCUUCCUGCUUCUCUGAAACUUACUUCUUUGACAACUUUUUUGACACAUCUGGUUCAGUUUGUGAUGUUACUUUGAAAGGUUAUAAUUAUUAAAACAAUUGUAUAAAUACAAGAUGUUGCCAGUUAUUGGCCAUAAUACAAUAUUUGGAUAUAUGCAGUUCUAACAUUAGAUUAUAUCUUAUUACUUCUUAAGACCUACCUACCUAUUUCCAAAACUGCAAAUACUUGUUUUAUUUCUAAUCAGUUCUUCAGGCCAUUGCUUACCAAAGCCCACAUUACUGAGAAAUCUAAUUAAUUAUCAGGAGAACUAGAGUACAUCUGCAGUAGGUAGUUAUGUAUUUAAUGUUUCAAUAGUGUUUAAGUAAUAUUGUAAACAUUUUGUUGAUUAGACAUUCUUGUUCGUUUAAAUAAUUCAUUAUGGAUUAUAUGUAAAGUUAAGUGAAUUGCUUACAUCAUGCACUACCACAUAAUAUAUGUGCAUUUCACUUAAAAUAAACUCUAAGUUAG